AGCAGCCAAGAUAGGAAGAGGAAUGAGUUAUCCAACAGAUUUAGAUUUUGCAAGCCUCUGCGUUGAUGAGCAUGAUAUUGAAAGACAUUGUUAAGAAAGGUUUUCAACACACAAAUGUGUCAUUUCCUUUCUUCAUGUGGCAGACCCUGAAAUAUUAUGAGAUAAAGGUUUUAGGUUUCAGUUGUAAAGGAGGGAAGUGGAUAAAUCAGUGCUGCCUUCUUUAGGACCAAAGAACUAUGGAACAGUGGAAUCGCUUUCAGGAUCAACAGGAAGACAAUGACAGCUGCACAGAAUCUGUGAAAUUUGAUGCUCACUCAAUGACAGCUUUGCUUCCUUUGAAUCCUAAAAAUGGCCCCACCCUUCAAGAGAAAUUGAAGUCCUUCAAAGCUGCACUGAUUGUCCUUUAUCUCCUUGUGUUUGCAGUUCUCAUACCUAUCAUUGGAAUAGUGGCAGCUCAACUCCUGAAGUGGGAAGUGAAGAACUGCACAGUUGGUUCAGUUUAUGAAAAUGGUAUAUCUCAAAGUCUCACAGGAAAAGGAAAUGGCAGUGAGGAAGCAGCGAGAUUUCAAGAAGUUGUUAUGGAACACAUAAGCAACAUGGAGAGGAGAAUCCAGCGUAUUUCAGAUACAGAAGCCAAUCUCAUAGAUUCAGAGCGUUUCCAAAAUUUCAGUGUGACAACCGAUCAAAGAUUUAGUGAUGUCCUUUUCAAGCUAAGUACCUUGGUUUCCUCGGUCCAAGAACGUGGGAAUGAAAUAGAUGAAAUCUUCAAGUCCUUAAUAAGUCUGAAUACCACAUUGCUGGAUUUGCAGCUCAAAAUAGAAAGGCUGGAUGGCAAAAUCCAAGAUAAUACGAUUAAACAACAAAAGGAAAUCAGUAAAUUAGAGGAGCGUGUGUACAAUGCAUCAGCAGAAAUUAUGUCUAUAAAAGAAGAACAAGUGCAUUUGGAACAGGAAAUAAAAGGAGAAGUGAAAGUAUUGAAUAACAUCACUAAUGAUCUCAGGCUGAAAGACUGGGAACAUUCUCAGACAUUAAGAAAUAUCAGUUUACUUCAAGGUCCUCCUGGACCCCCAGGUGAAAAAGGAGAUAGAGGUGCCCCUGGAGAAAGUGGUCCACAAGGCAUUCCAGGUCCAAUAGGUCCUCCAGGUCUUAAAGGUGAUCGGGGAGCAAUUGGCUUUCCUGGAAGUCGAGGAUUCCCGGGAUCAACAGGCAGGCCAGGACAAAAAGGCCAGAAAGGGGAAAAGGGAAGUGGAAACACAUCAAACUUGGGGAUAACAUACCGUACCUUAACCUCACUUUACCACUGGAACCAAUUUGAAAUACAUUUGUGAGCUAAAUUAAUCCCUGCAACAUUCCUAUCAGGUAAUUACAAACGAUGUCAGAACAAAUGAAGAAAUUAAAGUGAAAGCAUGCAAAAUGGUGUGGCCAAAGCCAUAAAGCAAGUUUGUAGUGCAGCUGAGACUAGAGAUCUGGUCUCCUGGCUUCUAGUCUAGAGACACAUCCUGUUUUAUGAUACUAAUUCUGCUUCUUCUCUGAUGAGUAAGAACUGGGGUCCUCUGUUGCCAUACAGCAUGUGGUACUUCAACCUAACUAAGAGCCUACAUGUUGAGAUACAUCGUUUUUGUUUUUUUUUUCAAGUUUUUUUCUCUGUUUUUCUUUCUGUUAUUACCCAAACAAAAUGUGCCAUUGCAUAUUUUUUUCUUGUUCCUAAAACAGUAUCUACUUUGUUUACACUAGCAUGAUCAAGGUUUAAGUUAAGCAAAUAGAAGUAAUGUUUCAUGGAGAGGAGAAACAUCUUCCUUAUUGGAUUUUUGGGAUUUCAAGUGAUCUGUCCCUAAUACUUCUAGUCACUGCUGUUGGACAUGAGUUAUGGUAUCUCCUGUCAGGUGCAGACGUAAUGAAGAUCAUACACACUAUACUCUAAUACUAAAUGCAAUAAGUCAGUCUGAUCACAGCUUGCAGGGACCUGAACAUUUAUGAGCACAAACAAAAUAUAGCACACAGUGCCGUGGAGAAUGUAUAUUGUCUUUCGAUUACCCCCUACUCCAAGUCAAGGUUCAAACACUCAGUUAUCUUGGAAAAUUAUAUUCUCUUCAUAAAAAGUCAGAAAAUUCUGUACUAAGUUGUUGGUCCUGCCAACAAUUUGACAGAUUAAACUUUAGUGGAUCAAAUUUGGGAUGUUUUUCUCUCUAAGCAUCUCAAAUUCCCUACAAUUUAUGAUUUCACAGGCUCCCAGAAUAAAUUCCAGAAUAAAAUAUAAUCAAUAAUUCUAUUAUUACUGUUAAUAUACUACUUCACAGUUUAAAAUACAUUUUUUCACAUAUUGUCACAUUGAAAACCUCAGUCCUAAGAGUUAGGUGUUAUACUUAUUUUAUAAAUGGGCAAAUGAAGACACAAAAAGGUUAAAUCAUUUAUCAAUGUCUCAACAGCUUAUAAGGAGAGACACCAGGACUUUUUACAAGGUCUGGCUAAGGUCUACAUUUUCACAAAUCAGAAAGAACAGUAAAAUAAUUUAUGCUAUUUUAUGAUAGGAGCUUUCUAAGUAAGCUUUGUUCAGUAUCUUAAUGAAUGACUUGAUUAUUUUUGCUCCUCAGGGUUUUAAGUGGAAAGCAAAAUUUUAAAUACUCUACAAAUAUGUAAAUAAAAUUCUCCUUCUAUAAAGUUUUAAAAGUUCUUUCUAAGUAACUGUAGAAAUUAAGACUCAGUAAUGAAAUAUUAAAUAAUAACAAGAUUGCUCUAAAAGGACCGCAAAUAUCCCAAAAUGUGAACACUAUCAUUGAAGACAACAGUAUGCUCUUUGAAAUGCAGAUGUUUUUCUUUAAUUGGCAAUUUGAAAAAUCCAGAGGUAGUCACAGUAUUAUAGUUCAUGAUACUCUGAAGAGAACUUGUGCUAACAUGCUCUGCUUUUGUCUCACUUGACUUUUGAGUUUUGUUUGCUUUUUUCUCCCACAGAGACUUAUUCUUAACAAUCACAUCCCUGUGGUGAUCUAUACAACUAGGGAGGUUUACUCUUUUCAAAUGCUAAGUUCUUUUUUCAUCUUAAAUAUUUACCAUUUCUUGUAACAAGAUUAUUUUGAAGUCCUAUCUUAUGGUUCAAUUCAAAAACCGACAAAUUAAAUAUAAGAAAUAAUGGUCUUCCACUUUUUCAUUUUCAUACAUCAAAGUAAUUUACUCAAAAUUAGGUUAGAUUUACAGAAUAUCAUCCGAGUUUAGUAUAGUUCAUUUUGAAGCAACAAAUUCUUAAUCUUUUAGUUGUUCAGUAGUUGAACUGUAAGUGUUUAGUAUGAUCAUGGUUGACUUUGCUAACUAAUUAAUUUCCAGCAUAAUUAAAAUAUCUACUGCCCAGCUAUUCUGCAGUCUUCAAAUGUUGGGGGUCAUUUUGUUCUUCAAUAUCAAAUUAAAUUGUUUGAGCACCAACUCCAUGUUCUGAGGCAAUUCUGGUGCCUCCUAUCUACAACAUUUUGAUGAAAAUAGAGAAAAAUUAUAUUCUUCUAUGUCUUAUUCAAAUUUUGGCCACCUCUGUGGUCAUGGGUUUAAUGGUGUUUCCAAAAAUUCAUGUUCACCCCAAACCUCAGAAGGUGGGCUAAUUUGGAAGAUGGGUCAUUGCAGAGGUAAUUAAGCUAAGAUGAGGUCAUACUGGAUUAGAGUGGGCCUUAAUAUCUGUAAGAAGGGAAAGACACAGACAGAGACACAAGAAAGAAAACGAUGUCAAGAUGGAGGCAGAGAUUGAAGUGACACAACUACAAGUGAAAGAGCGCCAAGAAUUGCUGGGAGCCACUGGGAGCUAGGAAGAGGCAAGGAAGAAUUCUUCCCUUGAGCCUUCAGAAGAAGCAUGGCCUGGUGUCCUACUUCUGCCUCUGGACCUGUGAGAGAAUAAACAUCUUUUGUAAGCCACAUGGUUUGUGAUCAUUUUUAUGGCAGCACCAGGAAACUAUGACACCUUCCCUCCACACCACUUCACUUCAGCAAUGCACACCAUACAUCCCAUCUUUCCCUUCUUUUGAGGAAUGUCCCCACCUCUACUUGUGGAUCAAAGAAAAUUUUACUGAAGAUUUAGGCAUAACAGGAAAGUUAAGCAGAAAAAUCUAAAACUUAAAGCUGAAUCUUAGACUGCACUGUCUUGAAAUUCCUCAGCUAUCAUAGACACCAUAUUUUCCUCACUGGUGAGUCUCCUAGCCUGUCUCCUGCCAUCAUAAGAUUUUCACACUCUCCCAGAAAAAGGCCCUCUCCCUCUUGUUUUCUCUUCUGAACUCUGCCUUAGAAUCUCCAAAAUCCUUGUUUCCCCAAAUUUCUGGGAAAGACUCAAAAUCUGUUAUAUUUCCAGGGAAAUUUAACUCUGUUUCUCCAGACAUCUGAUAUCUUGGUUAUACAUUUCAUUGCUAAGUACAUUAUUAAGGAAAUUAUUUUAAAUAGUUUCCUUUCCAAGAGGAGUUUUGCUAUGUCAUAAGGUCAAACUGCAACCAGUUUUUUAAAAAAAUUUCUCUGUUAUAUUUGGAUCUCAAAUAUCAUAAUUACCAUUGUAAUAAAUUUAACCCUAAGUUCUAAUUCCAAUAAAUUAUAUUCGAAAGUGACUCUGAAGUAAACAAUAGGAUAAUAAUUGAAAUAAAAGUGCUACUCCUCAAAAAUCACUUUUAAUUUCACUUCUUUACUUCCACACAGUAGUGAUUUACACAUGCAAAGAAGUCCUUAGAUAUCACAUUUUCCCUAAUUUUUCUUUUCAAAUUAGAAUUUUGUCUGUCUAAUAAAAGUUAGUAGAUUCAUAAUAUCUUUUUUCUACCUUGUAAAGAAAGACCUGUAUAUGAAGCACUUUCCAUAAUUUAUUUAGUGUUCAGGUACAGCUCUAUCAACACUGCUGUGAAUCUGUCGUUUCCUUCUUUAACUAAAAUAUGUUUCCAAUAUAAAGGAAAGAAGAAAGAAUAUUUAUAGGAAAUGUCUAAUACAUAGUCAUGUGUACACUACCUGGAUUUUUAAGAUGUUGACAUUUCCCAUGUUGACUAUAGGUAUUUGUUUUUUAAGAAAUAAAAUGCUAUGACUACAGUUGAAACCCCCUUAUGUUCACCUCUCCUGCUUUCCAGGGUAAACAUUUAUCCUGAAGCUUUUACAUUUCCUUCCAUUCAUGCUUUUAUGCAUCUACUACAUAUGUAUGUCAGUAUGCAUAAAUAAUGCAUGGUAUUAUUUUGUCUGUUAUUUUACAUAAAUGACGUUAUACUGUAUCUCUCAUUGUGAGCUUGUCCUUUCCCUUCAGUUUUAUGAAUUCCAGCUUUAUUUGAGUCAAAGACCCUUUAUAACAGUAAAGACAUUAAUGAAUAGCCAGCUCAUUAAAAAGGAUAUAAUUAUAGAAAACAGAAAAAAAGAUUAUAUAUUCAAUUUCAGUCCCAUUUACAAAAUUACUGUCAAUAUGCUUGGGAACUUUCUUCUAGUCUUGUAAUAUAGCCAUAUUUUUGUUGUAAUUAUAAUCAAGUUUUUAAUCUUAGUGUAUCACUUAUCAUCUUUUUC